AUCUAAUAGGAAGAUUGAAGAAGAUCGCACCACAAAUUGUCGUCGUAUUUACUCUGAAAGUAUGCGUCUUGUCCAGUUUUUUCACAAUAAUAACACCAGAAUUGGAGUUGAAGUUUCUGAGAAUGGCGACAUUGUCGAUAUAACGGCUGUCGAUGCCUCGAUUCCGAACGAUACAAGAUCAUUUUUGGAGGCAGGAGACAGCGCGCUCACAGCCGCUCGCCGAGCUGCUUCAAGUGGAAAAUGUGUCAUCAAAAGAGAAGAUGUAAAAAUCAAAGCUCCCAUACAGAGUCCAGAGAAAAUAAUUUGUUUAGGAAUGAAUUAUGUUGAUCACUGUGUGGAACAAAAUCAGCCAAUACCUGAAACUCCCAUAUUAUUUUUUAAACUACCAAGCGCAGUUAUUGGUGCUGAAGAUAUCAUUGUUUGCCCAGAUAUAGUCAAAGAAUUGGACUAUGAAGUAGAAUUGGCGAUCAUGAUUGGCAAGACAGGACACCAUCUGAAGGAAUCUGAGGCAAUGGAUCACGUUUUUGGCUACACUGUUGCACAUGAUGUAAGCGCCAGGGACUGGCAACUACGUAAAAAUAACGGUCAAUGGGGAUUAGGAAAAUCAUUUGACACGUUCUGUCCUCUUGGUCCUUGUAUUGUCCACAAAAAUGGUGUAUCAGAUCCACACAAGCUGGGCAUCAGAUGUCGUAUUAACGGUGAGACGAUGCAAAAUUCAAAUACAGAAAAAAUGGUGUUUAAAACAGCUGCAGCAGUGUCGUAUAUAUCACAAUUUAUGACACUGAAACCAGGCGAUGUUAUUUUGACUGGAACUCCACCGGGAGUUGGGUGUUUUAGGAAACCUCCUGUAUUUCUCAAGAAAGGAGAUGUGGUUGAAGUUGAAAUUGACGAGAUCGGAACUCUUCGGAACACAGUCGGAUAAAGUUGCAGCGAAUAAAAUGCACAAUUCAUAAACUUACAAAUAGAUAUAAUAAUUUAUAAUAAAUUUUUGACUAAAUAAUUUAGCUUAAGAGCAAAAAUAUUACAAUAUUUCUACAAAGUUGAAGUUCAUUUUUAACUCUAUAAAUACGUUUUAGUUAUCUUUUAAUUUUGACCUAUCCAAAGGCAUAUACGAUCCUCAUGAAUAGACAUAUUGGCUUGAUUGUAUGAAAUCAAUGAUAGAUGCAAAUUCGAAUAUUUCUUGACAUGUAUAUAAGAGACUUUAUAAUCCGGUCAAGUUGGAAAAAACAAAGAUCCUUAACUCCCAAGUUUGGAGUAUCGGGGAAACAAAAGCUUUGUCAUGGACACUGUUCAUCCUUUGGAGGAAUCCUGUCCCCGACGCCAUCAACUGACCUCAAUCGUACCACCGGAUGGAUCGUUUUAUCGCUUAUUGAAGUUGGAAGAAAAGUUUACUUUGGGAUCCCAUAAUGUAUAUGUUGUUAAAUGUUUGUCA